GUCUCGGGCUUCCUGCUGCCCGGCCAGAUGCUGUGCGUGCUGGGACCCUCUGGCUGCGGCAAGACCACCCUGUUCGACCUGCUCUCGGGGCGCAAGACGUACGGCACAGUGGAGGGCGAGAUGCUGUUUGACGGCGCGGCGCCCACGCCGUCGAUGCUGCGCCGCCACCUCGGCUAUGUGGAGCAGCAGGACACCCUGCUGGGCAUGCUGACCCCCGCCGAGAUGCUGAUGUACACGGCGGAGCUGAAGCAGCCGCGGGGCAUGCCGCGCGCCGACAAGGCGGCCGCGGUGGCAGACCUGGUGCGGCGGCUGGGCCUGCAGCGCUGCCAGCACACCGUCAUCGGCAGCGUGCUGCGCAGGGGCAUCAGUGGCGGCGAGUCCAAGCGCUGCAACAUCGGCAUCGCGCUCAUCACCAGCCCGCGCGUGCUGCUGAUUGACGAAAUCACCUCAGGGCUGGACUCCUUCUAUGGCGGCGAGGUGGCCCUGAUUGUCAAGGACCUGGCGCGCGAGGGCAUCUCAGUGGCCUGCACCAUCCACUCCCCGGCCCCCUCCGUCUUUGCCCUGUUUGACCGCGUGCUGCUGCUGCAGCGGGGGCGCACCGUGUACUUUGGUCCC